CUUUUCAUCACACAGCUUCCACUUGCAGCCUCGACCUCGCUAUGCAGCCUGCACUCGACUUUAUGUUUCGUUAGACGUGCCGGCUGCUAUGCUUGAAGCCUCGCCUCAACAAAAAUCUGCCUUGGUGGUUUUUUACGCGAGGCAAUGCAACUGGCCUCGCAAUGCCUCUGUCACUUGAAUAGAGCACACCUUGGACGGUGGCAAUCACAUCAAGGACUCGAUCCUAUUCGACGAACGGCCCCGGCUCUACCGAGGACUCCUCGCAGAAGAUUCAAUAGAUUUUGCGUGGGAGCCCGAUACUCCAGCACCGAAUCCCUCAUAGGCAGUCGCCCGCGAUCGAGGUCGCCUUUUCUACAUCCUGUAGCCGGCCCUACGGUUCCGAGCAAGACGAUAUUCAGAGCAGACAACGCGUCGAGACUCCCACAGAACGAAAUCCCGAAUAAACGGCCCCCAUCUGGUCAGCUCCCAAAAGUGCAAAUUUUGAAAAAGUGGCGGGAACCAAGUCUCGACACUCGAACCGACUCAUCCACAAAUGUAUGGACGCUGUGUGAGUCCGACCUCGGAUUGGUGGACAUACCUGAAAACGAGAAUAAUGCGUCGCUCUGGCUCAGUCAGCUCGUUGCCGCGAAGAGAGAACAUGGACGGGACGGCGUGUUGCUCAUUUGGGAGGCUGUGGAGAAGCUCAGGUCACUCCGCGAUGUGACGAGCGAAGAAGCCGAGUUGUUUUGGAGUGCCAUCCUAGAAGCUGUUCUCCACGACGAGGACAGUUUGAAGGAUGUUGUGCUGUUUUCAGAAUGGUUACUUCGUGCUCACUCUGCGCAGUGGCCUUCACUCUACUCGAAGACGAUAUCUUACUGUCUGCGCAAUGGCCAGUACCUCAGAGCAAUACAGUGGCAUCUGCGGCUAAUGCCGAACUUUGACCCUGGGCCAGAAAGAUUCGGCGCCUUGCUACAGGAGUUUGCCAUUGUUCCCAGGGUCGAAAUGCAGCAGACGCUGCAAGCGCUCUACGUCGCGUCUCUUCACCACAGCUCGUACGAUGAGCUUAUCCCCCUUCUAUAUCGCAAUGGCCUUUCUCAACACUGCAACGGAUGGCGCGAUCUGUUCAUAAGCCACAACGACCUGCCUCAACCAACAGCCGAGUCCCAGCCGUACUUGAAGUACCUCGCUCGAUACUAUCCGACCAUCACUCUCGAACUUGAGGAGCAGAUGAUUGUGGGUUUGAACUCACCGGCGUAUUGGGAUGUUCACUACGACUCUCUUUGGGAUGCUAUGAAGCAGCACACGCACGGCGAUGAUGGCGACUCCCCAGGAAGACGACACAGUGAUACGCUGGGUGCACGUUGGUUCGCAAGUUCUUGGGUACCGCUCGAUUUUGCAAUCCAUGCUGUUCAUGCGCUGGGCGUGCGCCAAAUCGGUCCUCUGUCAUUGCAGUCGAUUGCAUUGCGCGAACCUAUCGCACACCGAGUCGUGGCUCGAAUUGAGCAGUUGCGCAAAAUCAACAUUGAUAUUGGCCAUUCCGCAUACUCGCAGGUUCUAAAACGGUUUGCCGAGAACGAGGACAACGAGCUGCUGCUUGAAUUGCUGCAUACAGACAUCCACCCUGACGUCUUUGACGACCCCCAAAUGCUGGCUAGCAUCCGUGACAAAGCCUUAAAAGAAGGGGCCUGGAAGACGCAUCGGCUGCUGGUCGCAAUCCAACCCGCCAUAGUCGAAGAGUCGGUCGACUUGACGUCGAAUCUUUUACUGCAGGAAAGUGUCAAGUAUGGUCAGAGCAGACAGGCUUUGGCCUUGCUGGACGACAUGCGGACCAUGAACAUUGAUGUGUCCAUGUCGACGGUUCAACACAUUUGCUGGAGUAUCCUUGACAUUCUGCCAUGGAACCCAAAGACCACAGCCGUCAACCAAGAGGCUCUGAACACGGCCAUAGCUUAUCUUACGCGUCUGACGCUGCUCAAAAAGCCAGUUCACUCACAUUAUUGGCAAAAGAUCAUCUUCGGCCUCGGGAAGUUUGGCCGCAUCGGCGAGUUGGAAGAACUUUGUAUCGGCAUCAUCGACACCUACGAGAAGCUCUGUAUUUCAGAGGGCGGUUUAUUGCCGGUUCAUUACCUGGAUGCGCCGCCGUUGGGUGUGGAUGGCUCGACCAAUGAUGUUCUCGUGCCAGCUGACCUGCCCAUCGCCCACGAACAUCACCCGGUGCGCCGGAUCUUCAACAAUGCCGCUUUGCACGCCGCGAUCGUUCGAUGGGGGUUUAAGGCAGGCUUCUCUAAAUCCUGCAGCAGUUGGGGUCCUCUUCCCAGCAGCAUGGCAGCCGCGUCUGAAUAUUCAGUCGCACGGGGUGUACGGUUUCUGGCUAUUCUCAAUGGAAGAGGUAUUCCAUUUCGGGCAGCUGUCGUUCAAGAUCAGGUUGUGAGAUGUCUGGCUCGAGCCUAUCUGCCCCAGCACAAGGGAGCAUCUCGCAGGAAGGCUGAACUGCCGCCGCUGAAAAACAUGAGCGAACUGGUCAACAGAGCAGCCGGGCGUGAUUUGCUGCCCAGUACUGCCAAAUUGCGGGACCUGAUGGAGGACGUAUACCCCGGAAAGAGCACGGCGAGUAUGGCCACAAGAAGUGUAACAUCACCUGUAAUACCACACAUGCCGUAGACAAUACACGUGAUGACGCCCGAAUCAUUGCGAGUCGAUGAGGGGUCAUUAAAUUCGCUCAACAUUACUCUAAACACAAGAAAGAAUUCAUACAUCUAAUUUACACCUCUCGUCUUUCUGGGAGGCAUUUUGCGUUGUCUGAACGCGCUUUACAUCACCUG